CGUCAUUAUUGUAUUGUUAGAACUUUCAACCAAUGAGUAGAAUGGUUGCGAUUUGCUCCUAAGCAUUGCUCCUGAGGCUUCACUUUCGACGGCAACAAAGAAGGUUGGUCUCUUCCAUGUCUCUCUCAGGUAGCGAUGAUGAGAUGGAAAUGGAUUUUCUUCGUGAGCGGUACCAGGAAAUGGACGGCGGAAACUUUGAAGUGUUUCUGAGUUUCAGAGGGGAAGAUACUCGUUCUUCUUUCACUUCGCAUCUCUACACGGCUCUUCAGAAUGCAGGAAUCUUUGUUUUCAAGGAUGACGAGUCACUUCCACGGGGAAAGCAAAUUUCACCCUCUUUGCGGCUAGCCAUCCAAGAGUCUCGAAUUUCUAUUGUUGUUUUCUCAAAAAAUUAUGCAGAGUCGUUUUGGUGUAUGAAAGAGUUGGAGAAAAUAAUGGAGUGUCACAGAACCAUAGGGAAUGUGGUACUACCAGUGUUUUACGACGUUGACCCCUCUGAAGUACGUCAUCAAAGAGGCGACUUUGGGAAAGCAUUUCAACAUCUUUUAAGCAAGUUUUCUAAAGAGGAGGAGAAAAAGGUUCUGGAUUGGAAGCAGAGUUGGUGGAAGACUCUUCGUGAGAGUUGGUGGAAGAUUCUUCGUGAGAUUGGUGGCAUCUCAGCGGUUGAAAUCCUAUGUUCCAGUAGGAUGGAAAGAGUAGACAAACUCCAGGACCAUUGGAAAGAGACACUUCUUGAGGUUGUACAGAUCUCAAAGAUUUUAGACUUAAAUCCAAGGUAAUAGAAAGUCUU